CACACACAGUCGCGAGAGAAAACUCAAACUUUUGACGGGAGUGUUUUCGUCGUCGGCCGCGUUUACGUCUGUUUGAGGACAAGCAAAGGAAAAGUGACGUGAAAUUGCAAAUUCCUCGUAGCACCUUGAGAUCCUUCGACGACUUGGUCUGCGAGUUUGGUGCGAAUAGGGUGGUGUUGGCACCUCUUUCCCCAUUUAACAGAGCAAUUAUUUGUUUUUGUGUUUUGGUUGACGAUUGGGUUUGAAUGGUGUCUGUCUCUGUGCUAAUGUCCGUCGUCUCGGGAACGCCAAGAAAAAUGUGAAGUGCUGCGAAGAUUGUGCCUUGCCACUUACGAGUUCCAGGCAAACAUUGCGAGUUGGCCGAUAUUCCCGUCGCAAUUAUGCCCCUUUGUGUGUGAAGUGAAGAUGGCCUGAAAGUGUCAAAAUCGGCAAUUGAAUGGUGAUUUUGAUAGCCUUUCUCUCUCUUGGUGGAAUACAGGUGUUCGAAUUCUUGUUUUGCUGUGAAACGGCGCUAGCAGGGCGUUUUGGGUGGAUCGCGAAGUAACCAAGUGCGUGCGGUAGUUAUACGUGCAGUGGUCGCUGGUCUCGCUAGACUGCGAAAGUCUGGAAGUUAGCAGUUUGGUAUCAGCGGCAUCAAGGUGGAGGAUACAUUGAAAGCAACACCGGCCAAAUUGCCCCUGGACGUGAUGGCGAGCGGUACGGGUCGCACUGUGACAAGUGCUCCCGGAGCUGCUGUCGCGAACAUGGGAGCAGGCAACGGAGGCACCGGUGGAGGACUUGGGGCCUCGCGAAGUCGGAGGUCACGGUUCUCCUGCUCGCGCUGGUGCACUGACAUAUUCAAUUACUUGCUAAGGAUGCGGUUCACCCCAGAGGAAUUAGAACAACGGUACAAGUCACGCGAAAUUGAUAAGUUUUUGGAGAAGGAGCGGCACGCUAGGACUCGACAAGUCAAACUUUUACUGCUGGGCGCUGGAGAAUCUGGAAAAUCGACAUUCUUGAAACAGAUGCGAAUAAUCCAUGGCGUUAAAUUCGAACCGGAAUUGAUACGCGAGUAUCAGUAUAUCAUCUAUCAAAAUAUCAUCAAAGGUAUGCAGGUGCUAGUCGACGCACGUGAGAAACUUGACAUUCCUUGGGGUAAUCCAAAUAACGAAUGUGAAGCAACACAAGCCAAAACGUUUCAUAGUACUCAUGGUAUUAGUACCGAUAUGUUUUUAGAAUAUGCACCUGUCAUUAGUAAACUAUGGCAGGAUAGUGGAAUACGAAGAGCAUACGAGAGGCGGAGAGAGUUUCAAAUUAGUGAUUCUGUCAGUUAUUUUUUCGAUGAUUUAGAUCGAAUAGCACGACUUGAUUUUGUACCAACACAGAAAGAUAUUUUACAUUGUCGUAAAGCAACCAAAGGCGCAUAUGAAUUUACAAUAAAAAUCCAGAACAUUCCUUUCGUAUUCAUCGAUGUCGGUGGACAAAGAACGCAACGACAGAAAUGGACAAAAUGUUUUGAUUGUUCAGUAACAUCGAUAUUAUUUUUAGUCUCUACAUCGGAAUUUGAUCAAGUUCUAGCUGAGGACAGGAAAACAAAUCGACUAGAAGAAUCGAAAAACAUAUUCGAUACAAUUGUGAAUAAUCGAACAUUUCAAGCAAUCUCAAUAAUAUUAUUUCUAAAUAAAAUUGAUUUAUUAGCACAAAAGGUGCGCAAUCCUGAGACUGAUAUACGUUGGUACUAUCCACAAUUUACUGGUAAUCCGCAUAAACUUUUAGAUGUACAAAAAUUCAUUUUAGAAAUGUUUAUAAAAGUUCGUAAAAAUACUCACACUGCCAUUUAUUAUCAUUAUACCAAUGCUGUCGAUACACAAAAUAUAAAAAUUGUCUUUAAUUCCGUCAAGGAUACAAUAUUCCAUAGAAAUCUUUCGGAUCAUUGCUUACAUUAGAUGAAAUCAUGAAAAUGAGAAAAAAAUGAACAAAAUAGAGUUGAGAUUCAAAAUGAAAAAUAGAAGUGAAAACGAUAAAUGCUUUAUACAAAUACAAUGUACACAUAGACAGAUAACAAGCAGACAGUCAUAUAGACAGACGAUUUUUUGUAAAAUUUAUACAUAGGAUAAUAGAGCGAAAAUAUGUGCGAAGAACGCGAUCGGUAUACAUGGAGGAUCAAAUGUGGUUAUUUUUUACAUAAGAUUUAAUUUAUAUAAACAUAUAUAUUUGAGAUGUAUCGAAAUUGAUGAAGAAGAAGAAGAAGGCGAAGUUAUUCAGAUGGAUAUACAAAAGGAAAUAUCACUCACGUGCAUAAAAUUCAAUACCACCAUAUUUGACACACAUAUACAUACUCGUUAUGUCAUUCUGUUUAGUAUCAUUGCUCCUUUCUUGUUUUUCCCUUCUAAUGUUUAUUUUUUAAUUUUAAUUUAAACAAACUACAGAAGUUAGGAGAUAAAGUUAUAAAAUAUUUAUUUAUAAAUAAAACGAACCAAAAAAUGCUAUUAAUUUAGAUAUAAUACACUAUUACAAUGUAAAGAGGAGGCAAGUGGAAUGAUAGCAACAACAGAGCAUUUAUAUUAUAUGCAUUGAGAAAUGUGAAA